AUGUCAAAGAUAUCUAAGGAUAAAAAUAUACACCCUACUUUAUCUAGUCAUCUUAUCCGAUUAUCCAGCAUAUCUCCCUUUACACGGCAAAUCUUUGAAAAUCUUCUUAUGAAUGAUCUGUUUAUGGGAAAAAUUGAAACUCCGCCAUCAUCUUUCAGUAAUGAAGUUAACCAACAAAAUCAAACAAUUUUAUUACUUCAAAAAGAACGUCAUCAGCUCUUUGAUUUAUGCCUUUACGAUGAUAGAAUUAUUUCUCUAUUGGAAAAAUGGAAAAAUAACGUUAAAGAUAUUGCUUUGAAAUCAAUUCCCAAUAAAAAAGGAAGUCUUUGGAUGACUGUGUGGGUUUCUCACUUGGAGAUUAGCCUGAAUAAUUACCUAUGUUCUGGCAUUUGGUUCUCAGAAUUUCAAGAAAUUAUUUCCCAAAAUCAUUCUGCUACACGAAGACUAGUUGCCUACUUCCUUAUUCACGAAGUGAUAGAAGUUACAUUUAAGGAAAAUUUUCGUAAAAAUAAAAACAUACAAGAACAUGCAGACCCUACCUUGAUUCCUAAAGUUAUUACUUUGAACCAGGCAGAAUCACUAAAAUUUUCUUAUAUUAUUGGUUGGGUACUCUUCAAAUUGCUCAAAAGAGAUCACGUAAUGAAUUCCCAUCCAAAAUUUCAAGUUAUGCAUACUUUACUUAAAGCUCACUGCGAAGAAAAGGUUGAAUAUAUGCCAGAAACAAAAUCACAGAUCACUAACAUUAUACCUAGACCCGAAUUUACUCAGUUCAUGUAUUAUUUGGAAUCUUUAAUAAUUGAACUGUUCGAGAAACAUAAUGAAUUAGGACCAAAUAUCCUGUGUUAUGUGAAAAAUAGUCUUCUUGUUAACUUAUCUCUAAAUCAAAUGUUUAUUACAACAUUGAAAUCAAAUAAUAUUACUGGUGUUGAAUUAGAAGAUGAAGAAUUUGGGUUUAUUUAUGAGAGAUGCGUCACUAUCUAUAUGAAAAGUCGACAAAAAACAUGGAGAGACGUUAAUAAUUACAUUCCGGAAAAAGGUACAGCAAGUUUAAGAGAAAGCCUGAAAACGAUGCGCUCAAACAACCUAACAACAGAAAAUAAAAAGCCCCUUAUGAAGAAGGCAAAUUUACCUACCGAUCCUGCUCAUGCUUUAGAACAACUUCGAGUAUGGGCACAACUUGAAGGAGCAGAAGACUCAUUUUCUAAAUUUUUUUUAGUUUCGGAAUUAUUGUGGAUAAUUUGGGCAUUUGGAAUUUCAACGCCAUAUAAAAGAAAACAAAAAUUGGUGCCUAUAAUUAUUUACAACUUAAAAAAUUCCACACCAUUUACUGAAGAAGCUCUUAAAAGAAGGGUUAUUUUUAUGGAAUAACGAAAACAUAAAUAAUAAAUAUAAAUAAAUUUUAAAUAAAGUGGAGUUUAUUGUCAAAGUU